AUGGACGAGCUACUGUUUUUCAGGAGAUUUCGGCUCCAAAAAAACACUGCCCUCAGAUUGGUAGAACAAAUAAAGCAUCAACUCGAGUUUGAUAACAAUUUUCAUUAUAAAAUUUUUGUUUUACCAGGAAUAAUAGCCUACGAUUUUAUGCCUGCAAUGUACAUAUACAUUAAAAUUGUAUUGGAGACUUUAUUAGCAUGCAUCAGACAACAGCAUCCCGUAUAAUUGCAAAAGUUUCAAGAGCAAUAGCAGGUUUAUCAAAUCAAUAUAUCAGAAUGCCCAAUGAAGCUGAUGAAAUAAUAAGAGUUCAGAAUGGCUUCUAUAGGAUCUGCAGAUUUCCACGAGUCAUUGGAUGCAUUGACGGGAAGCGCAUAAAGAUACAGUCACCAGGAGCUCAAGGUGGAGAAGUUUUUCAUAAUAGAAAGUCAUAUUUUUCUAUAAAUACUCAAAUAGCUGCUGAGCCAGAUUUGAGAAUAUUUGAUAUUGAUGCUCGAUGGCCAGGAUCUACCCAUGAUUCAACUAUUUUCAAUGCCUCCCACCUAAGAACACGCAUUGAAGGG